UACAAUACCAGACUGUAAAAUGAAAAUGUUCUCACUUUUCAGGCUUUUUCUGCUGAGAUUUCAGAGAGAAGUCCGCCAAGAUGCCGUUCCGUGUGGAGGAGAUGUCCUUCAAGCAGGGUCAGGAGAUGACGUUCACAGGGAAGACCAAGUCUGGAGCCUCUAGUUUCUCCAUCAACAUCGGCCACGACAGUGACAACUACGCCCUCCACUUCAACCCUCGUUUCAGCCACGAACACAUCGUGUGUAACUCUCUGUCUGGAGGAAGCUGGGGAGACGAACUCAAGGAAGGCCACUUCCCCUUCCAGGAUGGAGAGCAGUUCAAGCUGGUCCUCAACUUCACCAAUGAGCAGUUCUACAUCAAGCUGCCAGACGGUCACAUGAUGGACUUCCCCAAUCGCCUUGGCGACUGCAAGUACAACCACAUCAUGGUUGACGGAGAUGUCAAGGUCAUCAGCUUCAAGGUCAAAUAGAGGUUGACCUUUAACCUCUGACAGUUGCCUAAAUCCUUUGAAACAAUACCUGUGAAUUUAUUGAUACCAACUCAGAGCUCUUAUUGUGUACGUUGUGUAGUGAGAGGAAAACCCACUAGGUGGAGCCACUGCCAAACGCACUUCUACCUGAAACCUGUGGAGAGACAAUUCCAGAUGUGUUAAUAAAACCGGUGUGAAAGCAAA